CCAGCGCACACGGGUUUUGCGACACCGCCGUAAAGCGCGGGGCGAUGGCGGGAGUGGUGGUCUUGCGGCCGGGCGGCCGUGCCCACCGCAUUUUCCUCCUCGCAUCUUCCUUCUCCUCCUCCUCCUCCUCUGGCGGCGGGGAGCGGCAGGAGAGCGCGGUAACUGCUGGCGGGAGCCCCGAGCGGGGUGAUCACACCUCUGCUGGCCUGGGUUUUCGUCCCCCUGCGCACUCCUGUAAUGACUGGAUCGGCCCCCCUGACAAGCACUCCAACCUGCGGCCGAUCAUCUUCUACGUGCCCCCUGACGAGUCGCCCCUGGAGCGGCGGCUGCGAGAGGCACGGCAGGAGGCCCAGGAAUGCAACCAACGCUUCUGGGCACGGCAGAACCGUACCUUCUGUCAGGAAAAAGAAGAAUUUAUUUAUUCAAGACUGAAAGCCAAGGGUCUGGAAAUGAGAGACAAAACAGGUCAAAAAGCAACUCUGAAUGCAGAAGAAAUGGCUGACUUUUACAAGGAUUUCCUAAGUAAAAAUUUUAGAAAGCAUAUGCAGUAUAACAGAGAUUGGUAUAAACGUAACUUUACUAUCACAUUCCUCAUGGGACAAGUAGCACUGAUGAGAGCUCUGAGGUGGCUUCGUUGGAAAAAGAAAAAUGUUGGAAAUUAGUGAUCACAGCUCCAUGAAGAAUGCAACACUGGCUAGGCUUGCUAUAAGCAAUCUGUUUAUAGUGACGUUCAGAAUGCGAAUGACUAAUGUAAUAAUUGCUUGAAUCUGUUUGUUAAACUAUGUAAAUAAAAGAUGCCAUUAGUCUUAAUUUAUAAUCACUAUGUAGUUGUCCUUUGUCUUUUAUUCCAAGAAUAUCUAAAAUAUUUCCCAACCAGAACACUGCUGAGAACUAAUAAAAGCUGUUCCUCAUUUACAUUAAAUGGAAUGGAUCACAACUGUUGUGUUUUUACCACAGAGUUGUAGCUCACAAAGGGCUUUGUACUGGUUUGUUUCUUUCAAAAAAUGUGCUAUUCUCAACAGCUUCUCCAAGGCACUCAAAUCAGCUCAGCCGAGGGGGAUUUUUCUAGCCUAAAGGUAUGUAACGUCAAUUGGAAGGAGGUUGGUUUAAGUGAAUUCUUAAAAAGUUAUGCCAUGUAUCUGUAAUUUAAAACAAGUUCCAUUCCUCAAAAUUAUCUCCCUGUCCACAUUUAUACAGUUAAAUAUUUUGAUACAGUACCUACUAAGAGGAUUCUGUUAAAAAAAAAAAGUAUGUUGUCAAAUGAAACAUGUUUUCCUUAAGCUAUGCUGUAGGGGAGGUUCUUUUUGGAAAUGUCAGCUCAGUGUUGUUGACCUGUUUUCUGUAUCUAAAUGUGACAUGAUUUAUUCACAGGCUUUUUCAGCUGGAGCAAAAAGAGGUUUGUCAGUAUCAACCAUGGUAGUUCCUUUGCAAGAUAAAACAAAUAGUGUGGUCCACUACUAUGUCAUUAAUGUUUUAUACAAUGAUUAUAUCAUUGGGGCUAAAGCGACCACUGAAUUUUAACUGUUGUGUUGUUAGUAUAUGAAAAUGGUAAUUAUUAGCAUUUGCUGAGCUGGUAAUAGUUGUAAAUCUUAUUUACUUCAUCAGUACUGUAAAAGGUAUGUAUUUGUUAAAAAGUUACCAAAUGCCAUGUUUCUUUAGGAAAACAAAAUUUUUAAGUAGACUGCUAUGAGUAUAUACGGUAAUUCUUCAGGGCUUUACAGUAAAUCGUGUCUUACAGUAUACAACCUUUGACCAGAAUGCAAAUGCACACUUAAAUAAAUAGUUCCAGUGUGAAAGAAUGAUUGGAUAACAUAAGAAAAUAUCCCUGAAAGGCAGAGAGCAGGACCCCAGUGGGGUGGUUGAUAGCCAUUUGUUCUGACAGCCUGCACAUAACGAUCCCUAAGGUUGUUUUGCAUAUGUGUUAAGUGGGUAAGGGUCAAUCAAAGGAAGCAUUUUCAUCUUCAGAGCUGCUCACUUUUAUUAACACAGACUUUUUUGUGUCUGCCUGCUGAACCAGGUCAGGAAAUUGAUUCAUUGCUAGAAUUAAUCCAAAAAAUGUGUCAUACAUCAGUUGAAUUAAUGUCUCUUCAGGCAGAUAUAAGUGUCCUGCUGUUGGUAUUGGGGAGAUGUGGGAAUUCAGAUGGAAGGUUGGAUUGCACAUCAGCCAAUUCACAGUUAAAACUGUUUUCUGAACAUGUAAUUUUAGUGUUGGUUACCCCCAAAUAAUAUAAUCUGCGUACAAUGGGUCAUGCUAGGGUUCUGCUCUGAACUGCUGUGAGUAAAGCUCAUGCCUAUAUGGCAUUGCCUUUGUUAAGAUUCUGUGUGAGGUGGUGGGUCCCUUCCUCUAAAGCCUGUUGAGAGAGUGAGGUAUUUAUAUAUUAGCUAAGUGUUGAGCUGUGAUUUAAAAUAUCUAAUAAAGCCGCUGUGUUAUUAAAAAUAAGCCAUCUGAAAUUUUGAGUCUC